AAAGAGGGAAAAUUGGACUGCACUGCCGCCGGCCUCUCCCCCUGCCAAGUCCGGUUUCUGCAGCUGGAAUUUCUGGUUCCUGAUCGUUCUGUCAGUUUAGCACUGAGAUCGAGUUUUCGGUUUUAUGCGAGUGAGAAAGCGAAAUCGAGGACGAGGAAACCACAAGAAGUGACGAGUUAGAAGGCUAGCCAUUUCGAGAUUGAUAUAGAUUUUAGAUAUAAAUCAUGAUCUUGUAAACUAGAGUGUAUUUAGAGAUUUUAUGAUAUCAAACGGCUAUUUGUCAAAAAAGAUGGGAAGGACUUAUGUCCUCUUUGUACAUCGAACAUAACAGGCACAUAUCAAGGCUAAAGUCCCAAUUGGGUAGGUUGUUCUAGAAUUGCCUGUUGGAAUGUUGGAUGAUGACCAAGUUGCAAAAGGGAGAAUUUUUGGAACUCUAAUUCAUGCCCCUUCCUGGAGUACAUUGAGUCAACAAUUGGUAUUAGAGCAAGGGCUUCAAUUUGAAGGUUUAACCACCUAGGAGUUGAUCGGGGAUGGCUCAAUUUCAAGCUUCUCAACCACUUGAAGGUUUGUCUACCACCAAGCCUCCUUUCUUUGAUGGUCCAUAUGUGGCUAUGAAAGUAGUUGGGGAAAGUGAGGUGCCAAAGGAAGAAGUUGAAUGGAAUGAUGAAGACUUGGUGCAGAUCAUGAUCAACAACAAAGCAAUUAACAUGCUUCAAUGUGCUCUCAAUCCAAUGGAAUUCCAUAGAGUUUUCGGGUGUGAUAUGGCUAAGGAGAUGUGGGACAUGUUGGAGGUAACAUAUGAAGGAACAAGCCAAGUGAAGGAGUCAAAAAUCAAUAGACUCAUUCACAUGUAUGAACUUUUUAAGAUUGAACUGGAGGAGAGCAUUCAAGAUACGUAUACACGAUUGAAUGAUAUAGUCACCAAUCUCAAGGCUCUUAGAAGUUUGCCUAAGAAUUGGGAAGCCAAGAAGACCACAAUUGAAGAGUCUAAGGAUCUCAACACUUUAAAGCUUGAAGAUCUCAUUGGAAAAUUGAUGACAUGUGAGAUAGAAGUUCAAGUUGAUGGUGGAGUUGAAGUAGUUGAGAAGAAGAAAGGCUGUUGCAUUCAAGGCUAGCAAACAAAAAGAAGAAAGUGAAGAUGAUGCUAGUGAUGAUGAGUCUAGCCGUGAGAAGGACAUCACCAAAUUGGUUUGAAAAGAAGUGAAGAAAUAUAUGAAGAAGAGCCUCAAAGGGAAAUCCUCUAGAAGAAAUAAGGAAAUUCACU